AUGCACGCUGUUUUAAUUAAGGACGGGCAGGGUCCCAUUGAGAACCUGUACAUUGGAGAGACAGAUAAACCAGUCCCAACGAAGGGAGAGAUUGUCGCGUUCGGCAUUAAUCGCAUGGACCAUUAUCAGCGCGAGGGUAGAUAUGCUGUUCCCCUAGGCGCUUCCUCCAUUCUUGGUGUGGAAUUCUCUGGACGUGUGACUGAACUCGGGGAAGGAGUAACAAGAUGGGCUGUUGGAGAUGAAGUAUUUGGUCUCGUGGGCGGCGGAGCUUAUGCGGAGUUCGUAAGCUGUGACGAAGGACUCUUGUUGAAGAAGCCCGGUCACUUAUCUUGGGUGGAGGCAGCCAGCAUACCAGAAAACUAUAUUACAGCCUAUCAAGCUCUUGUGAAGUACGGGGAAGUCAAGAAGGGCGAUCAUGUACUCGUCCAUGCAGGCGCUUCUGGUGUAGGCAUUGCGGCUAUCCAAAUGGCAAGAGAAUUAGGAGCGGCAACCGUCACUGCAACGGCGUCUACCACAGAAAAACUCGAUUGGUUGCGAUCUAUUCCUAACGGGGCGACACAUACUGUGAAGAAAACGACCAACGGUAAAGGUGCUGAUGUUGUCAUAGAUUUCGUUGGACAAAGUCAUUGGGCCAAGAAUGUGGAAUCCCUCGCCAUUGAUGGUAGGAUGACGCUAUUAGCUACUUUGAGUGGGAGCGAGGUCCCCGUGGUCAACCUUGGCCCGAUCCUUUACAAGCGUCUCCGCAUUCAAGGUUCUACGUUGCGUUCCCGUAGUAUACAGUACCAGACCGAGCUCAUAGCAAGCUUAAGUUUCCGUGAUAUGAUCGAUAAGGUAACUGGCGUCAACGGGGGUGGCCCGAUGCGGACUUACAUCCACAAAGUGAGUAUAUUCUUCUGCUCUUCUCGUCCCGUCGGACACGGACAUACAAUUCCACAGGUGUAUCCUUGGGCAGAGAUCCAAAGUGCUCAUCAUGAGAUGGCCGACAAUAAGAAUAGGUGAGCGCUGUCUCCAUCGGAAGAUCUAGCGGUGGCCGAGACUUCAUUGUUAGCGGGAAGAUCGUUGUCGAAG